AUGCAAUAUAAUAAAAUUAAUGCUGAAGACGAUUAUGCUGAUAAUUCUAAAGCUACUAUACAUCAGUUGUUAGAAGUUGUUAAAGAUGACAAUAUUAUAUCAAAAGAUAAAGAAGCAUCAUAUGAACCAUUUAUUACUAACAAAUAUUUGAAUGAAAAAUCUAUUGUUCUGCAAGAAAAUAAUAGACCAAUUAUUUAUUUAUGUGUUAUUAACAAAAAAAAGAUUGAUUUUGCUGAAAAACAAAUAAAUAUUCUUGAACAAAGGAUUAAGUAUUUAAUUGAGAUAUUGCAAGAAUUUGCUAAGAAUGAUGAUGAAUUAUUUAGUAACAAUAGUCAAAUUGAUGAUGUUAGAGAAAACAUAAGUGAUAAAAAAAAUCUAAGCAAUAAGGAAGACUUAAGUAAUAAGGAAAGUCUGAAUGAUAAAGAAAAUCCAG